AUGUCGUUGCAAUCGAUAGAGGCCUUCCAGUUCUCGGACAGCGAGCGGCCGUCGGCGGUGGCAAAGCUGCGGCUGCCGCACCCCUACCUGACCACAUACUACGCCGUGGCCUCAGGCAAGACCUGGACCGACAACGGCAACACGCCGCUGCUGCGCGUGCAAGAAGAGGCCAACACGGCCCAAGAACUGCACGACCGCCUACACGACGACAACCUCCUCUUCAGCCUCCCCAAGCAGGACACCGCCGACGCGGACCUGCCCCCUCUCUCCAACAACACCGCCUGGGCGCGCGCCCGCCGCUCACCAUGCGCCGUCUUCACCUGGGAUGAGAGCACCGCGCCGACCUUGGGCCAGCUGUGGCUCGCCAUCUACUUCAUCCUGACCAUCGCGCCCGACCUCGAGACCUUCCGCAUCACCCUGCACGGCGCCGACCACCAGCACCUGGCCGCGGCGCUCACCACCUCCAUGCUCGCCCUCGCGCACCCCGCGCCCACCUCCCCCAGCGCCCCCUUCGCCGAAACCUCGACCGCAUCCGCCAGCGACUCCGAGCCGGGCGCCGGCGAGCUGCUCGUCCUCCGCAGCGCCUUCUGGCAAGGCGCCGGCUCGCCGUUCCCAGGCCGCGCACCCUGGACGCCGACGCCGACGGCCUCCUCGCCGCAGCCGGUGACGGAGCUCUUCACGACGCUGUUCCCGUCGUCCCGCGUGCACACGCGCGCGCCGCAGCGGCCGGCCAAGCCUGCGCCGGGCAGCGUCGUGUACAGCCGCUACAUACCCGCGCUGGACGAGCACUUCUCGCUCAUCGCACUCGACUGGACAAACCCCUCCCACGUCGCGCUCUUCCACACGUGGCAGAACGACCCGCGCGUCGCUGCCGGCUGGAAAGAAACCGGCACUCUCGCCGAGCACACCGCGUACCUGCGCCGGCAGCACGACGACCCGCACACCCUCACCGUCCUCGGCCGCUGGAACGACGUCGCCUUCGCAUACUUCGAGAUCUACUGGGCGGCCGAGGACGCCGUCGGCGCGCACUACGACGCCGGGGCGUACGACCGCGGCCGCCACUCGCUGGUCGGCGACGCAAGGUUCCGCGGCGAGUACAGGGUCGUCGGGUGGUGGCCGUGCGUGAUCCAUUUCUGCUUUUUGGAUGAUGCGCGGACGGGCGCGGUGGUCGGCGAGCCGAUGGCGGCGAAUGCGACGGUUAUGAAGUACGAUUACAUGUUCGGGUUGAAUGUGGAAAGGUAUAUUGACUUCCCGCAUAAGAGGGCGGCGUUGGUGCGGUGUAGUCGCCAGCGGUUCUUUCAUCUGAGCCCGUUUAAUGUGGGAUCGGGUGGCAGGGUCGGGGGGAUUAGUUUGCCGUUCCCGUCGAAGCUGUAA